AUGCCCCAGAAAGCCUUGAAGGUCACUAAAAAAUCAAAGGAUCCCCGUAGAAUUACGAAGAAGCAAAAAAAUCUUCGUAAAGCUGCUCCUCUCCAGAUAAAAUCAAAGAAAAAAUCGUUGGCGCACAUGAAGAAGCUUAACAAAACCUAUUCUUUGACUGAGAGCACCGAAAAGCUUAUUGCAAGCAGAGUUGGACACCUGGAACUUCUGAAGGGUACCAGAAGGGAAAUUGAAAAGAAGAAAAACCAAACCACGCAGUAA